UAGAAACCAAGAACCGCCGUUCUUCUUGCUCUUCUUUUUUAUCCACUGUCAAAGGGAUCUGUGCGAAGGAAAGGACAUUCGAUCGAACAAUGCAAUUCGAGAGCCAGCAAACAUCUUAAAGAAAAACGAAAAUCGARGGUAGCAUUUCUUCCAUUCCUUCAAGAUGCGCCAAUUGCCGAAAGCACCGUCUGCGACAGGAAGCAAACGCAGCAGCAACGGUUCCGCAUCCCCCCACUCGCAGGAACGGCCACUGCUUCACCUCGUGCACGGACCAUGGAACCGAAAAUCCAUGGCAACGAUCCUGUCCCAGCAGCAGCAUAGCUACUACGGUGGAAGCGACCGGGRAACAAGCACACCCACACAAGCAGAAACAGAACRACAACACCCCGGUGGUGCCUCCGCCGAGCCCUCUUAUACGCUGUGGGACCUAGUAUCGGUAGGGGUGGGCGGGACGGUGGGAUCGGGAAUCUUCGUCCUGGCAGGCUACAUUGCCAACCACUAUGCGGGCCCGGCGACGUUUCUGAGUUUUGCCAUUUCCGGCCUGGCCGCCCUGUGCUCKGGGAUUUCCUUUGCCGAGUUUUCCGGCCGGUUGCCCCGCAUCGAGGGAUCGACCUACACGUACGUCGCGUUGCGUUGCGUUGAAAGAGCAGUGUAAUGCUGUGCUGGGUGUUGCGUGUUGCGGUAUUGGUCAGUUGGCCAGUGGGCAGUUGAUGAUGCGAUGCGAUGCGAUGCAAUAAAGUUCGAAACGGAACAAGACUCGACACCAAACGAUGCAUUACCGUCUAUCCCUCACAUGCACUUGCACACACAACAAUACUCCCUAUUAUUUGAUGUUUUCUCCUCUGUUUCGUUUUUCCUGCGUUGCAGUUAUGCCUACGUGUCCAUGGGGGAAUAUGCGGCCGUUCUAGCGGCAGCCUGUCUGACGCUUGAGUACGGRGUGUCCGGGGCGGCCGUGGCCCGAUCCUGGGGCGACAAGGUCCUGGAGUGGACGGCCAAGCUCCGCCAUGGGGAGGAAGUCGACCACGUCGGUCAGCACGAGGCCUUUUUCAAUCCGUUGGCGGGGUUGAUUUCUCUCGGGUCGGUCGUUGUCCUGGCCUGUGGGGUGCAGGAGUCAAAGAGGGUGACCAAUUUUUUUACGGUCACCAAGUUGCUGCUUGUGGGAAUCAUGGUAAUCGGCGGCCUUUGCUUCUUUUCGGCAUCMAAUACAACCCCGAUCCUCGUGCCGUUCGAUGGAACCUCGUACGGUGUCGCCGGGGUGCUGCGGGGGGCCACCAGCAGCUUUUUCGGAUAUCUGGGCUUCGAUGAGGUCUGCUGCCUGGCAUCGGAAGCCAAAAAUCCCGGGGACACGCCCCGAGCGGUCCUGUACACGCUGGCGAUCGUCACGUGUAUCUACAUCCUGGCAUCGAUCGCGCUGAGCGGGAUGCUCCCGUACACUGAAAUCAGCGACACGAGCGGGUUUCCCAAUGCCUUUGGCGCGCUGGGCUACCCCUUCCUCGCAAAUCUCACUGCCCUUGGAGAGGUAGUAACGCUACCGGUAGUAGUCCUCAUCUCCCUGCUGGCCCAGCCCCGGCUCUGCGCAGCCAUGGCGAGGGAUGGGUUKCUACCGGAGAUAUUUUGCCGGAGKUCGGGACGGGACGGAAACCUCUUCUGGUCUAGCAUUCUCUGCGGAAUUCCCAUGACGUUGUUGGCGACCUUUGUACCCUUUUCAUGGAUGGACGAUGCAAUUUCGGUCGGGAUUUUGUUUGCCUUCAAUAUGACGAACACGGCCCUGAUCACUAUGAGAUGCAGCAGUUGCGCUAGUAGCAGUGAUAAAUUGGGGAGCAGGAGGGACGGUGGAAUGACGGASUUUCAUUCUCAGACACACACAAACGAGGGAGAAGUUGUGACCGCCAUUGACGAAGCCAAUGGGAUUGUUUCGUCGUCCUAUCCCGAUCCCAACCCCUAUGGGGUCUGUCGCGGCCGCUGGCCGCUACCGAUGCACCUAGGGUGCUAUCAUUUYGUGGCRCUGGCGGCGGGGUUGACGUCCCACGUUGGUUCUUUAUCGUCCCCGAACUGGUCGAUCCAGAUCGGGGCCGCUGCGCUGACUCUAGGCUAUGCGGCCGGUUUGCACAGCCAGUUUCCGGCAGGCGGGACAUUUGGGGAUGCCUCGUUCUCGCAGAUGCACCACCACGAUAGCAAUGUUGACAUGGCAGACCUCGGCGACCAAAGCAACACUAUCAGCAACCGUUCUACCAUCGCCGGCGACAUCUUCAAGGUUCCGUUCUGUCCRUUUCUUCCGUUGGUGGGGAUAUAUUUGAACUGGUACCUUAUUUCCCAGCUGGAAUGGAGUGGUAUGGUACUGCUGUUUGURUUUUUGGUAAUUAUUUCUGCCCUGUAUGGUCUWUGCAUAAGUGGCACGAGCCAAACGACAUCGUCGUACAGCGCUUUGCCACAACUGGGGUUCGUAAACGAUGCAACAGUAACUUCGGCGCCAGAAUCUACCGCAWCYUCUGUUCAAUCCUUUGUUGAUGCGGAUGGCCCGGUUUUGUUGCGCGAAAUGUCUAUGCCGAGCAGGCGAUCGGUGACGUGACGCUAGGUUGGAUUGUCUUGCACCGAACAAAACGGCGUGGACGGAGGAAUCAAAAUAAAAUGAACGGUUUCAAAAUGUCGGGAUCGAAACGAAGUAGAAGAACAUACAUUGAUCGACUAGAACAAAAUUAUACAGCUCAUCAUCUAUACACCAAAGAAGCAAUCACAGUUUAGAAUACAAAACCAUAACGUAU